AUUAUUAUUAUUAUUAUGGUAGAAAACAAAUAAUUUUACAAAGAUUUUAAGUCAUCCCGGGCAAAAUAGAAUGUCUUAUCUACUACAGUAGCCUACUAAUAAUUGUAAUAAUAGAACUGCAUGAUGACUGAGAAUGAGUGUCAUUAAUUAGGCUACAUAGCCAUUCAAGUGAUCUUGGAACUGGGUAGUGUAGUGUCUUCUUUCUGCCAAUUGUGAACCCAUAUCGCGGCACAGCCCGAGAUGAAGCCCCGAACGUCACACGCUACGUCAUUUCUGAGCUCCGCUUGGGGGAGGAGCCAAGGUACUCGACGCACGCCCCGAUGCCUCGACGCAAACCAUAACAUCACUACACAUAGUAAGUUUCACCGACAACUGCUUCCUCAACUUGGUCCAAUACAAAGCUGGACUUGCGGAACGUCUGGAAAUGGAUUCCGGUUCAGUACCAACUCUCCUCGGCUCAGCUACAAAUCUCGGACAAGCCAGCCCAUCAAUUGGUAACAUUCAGUUGUUUCUCUCAAGGGAUGUUGCCUGCCAUACAGACCACCUGGAAACACAUACUGUAGCCACACGGCUAUCCUUAAAGACUUUCCGGCCCCACUUCACAAGUAAAGAAGACUGCGAUGCCUUUGGAGACCGUAGCACGCAGCGCGGCGCCACCUCGGAGAGUCUGGGUGUGGACGGCCCUGGCUCCUCCCACAUGUCCAGUCACGGCGGGGAGCUGAAGAUCCUGAGCGUCUACGGUAAAGGGGAGGGCCCACUGGCGGUGGGCGGCCAUGACACCCUCUUCGCCGCGUCUGAAGUGGAGGCCCUGAACUCGCUGUCUGCGGACCACAGCGCGGCCAAGAGCCUGGAGCGCGGCGAGUGGCUGGUCUGCCGCGAGGAGCUGAGUGUGCAGGUUGGAAAUCAUCUUCUUAUUCAGCAUCCAAAUAAGAGGCUUCCUCUGUUACAACUCCAGCACACACCCCUAGAAAGCACACCCCUUUAUGAUUCAGUAAACGCUGCCAAAUAUGCCCGUCUUAUGCCCACCUUUUUCCUUGCAUGAUCCGCACGUUUACACUGACCGUGGUAAUUUACCGGCUUGAUUUCGCACC